GUUGAUAAAUUACCACAAACGGGAGUUAAACAUUAUUCUCUUGAAGAGUGAUCAAGAAUAAACUAUGGUUAUUUAGUAUUUGAAGCAUUUCUUUUUUGUGUUGUGCAAGUAUUAGUGUACACCUGUGUAAAUGUAGUGUAAAAAGAAAUACAGAAAAAAUAAUAAAAAAAACAUUUGUGUGUAAACAAAAUAUAACCGCUAAAGAGAAAAAACAAUAACAAUAAAAAAGCAACAACAACAAGAAACAAAACAGCAGCAACGGCAACAUUUUAUAUAAUUGAAGAGUCACGCUAGAAAUUUGACAUGAAAAUGAUUGGUAGCGAUUAUGUCUUGGAGGCUCAUAACAUCUAUCAUACCACAGAGGUUGAUGGUGGUGGUUGUUUCAAUGGAGCUGGUAGUUCGGCUUUAGUGUUAAAAGGUGUAAAUCUCACUGUGCACAGUGGUGAGGUAAUGGCCAUAUUGGGUUCUAAAGGCAGUGGAAAACGUGCCUUACUUGAUGUCAUAUCACGUCGUGCUGAAGGCUCUACCAGAGGUCAAGUUCUCUUAAAUGGUUCCCCUUUGACCAAAGCUUUAUUUCAGCAACGUUGCGGUUAUGUUACACAAUCUUGUACUUUUAUUCCUGGUCUUACAGUUGCUCAAACUUUACAUUACACACCCACCAUACUUUCAGGUUAUUUGAAAAGCUCAAAAGUACGCCAAGUCUUGGCCGAUUUGGCUCUAUCGCAAGUUGCUCACAAACGUGUAGAAUAUUUGAAUAUAAGUGAGGCCAGACGUUUGGCAAUUGGAAUACAAUUGGUGAGAGAUCCAGUGAUGCUACUUCUCGACGAACCCACUCAGGGUUUGGAUCCUUUAAGCGCCUAUUUGCUCAUAUCUAUACUAUCGAAUACUGCUAAGAAAACUGGCUGCGGUAUUUUGCUCUCGCUAGAGAAACCACGUUCCGAUGUUUUUCCUUUUUUGGAUCGUGCAUUAUUCCUAUGCUUAGGUGGUGUUGUCUACUCUGGUGGCACUCGUGCCAUGCUGGAAUAUUUUCAUGGCAUUGGUUUUCCCUGUCCUCAAUUGGAGAAUCCUUUAAUGUACUAUUUGUGUCUAUCGACAGUAGAUAGACGUAGUAGAGAUCGAUUUUUAGAAUCAAGUCAACAAAUUGAGGCUUUGGUGGAAAGAUUCUCUAGAGAAACGUCGAUGUCGGAUGGUCCCUUGAAUAAUAUGGGCAGUGGUAAGGUGCCCUUGGCCUAUGGUAAGCCAGGAGAGAUCAAAGUAUGGAUUAUGUUGUAUUUAAAACUUUUGGCUUCUACAUUUUCUUGUGGCAUGGCUGGCAUGAAAUCUUUGUGUUUGCGUUUGUUUAUUUUACCCAUAGCCAUGGCUUCCAUGUGGUUGUUUUAUACCACAGUAGGAGAUGAUGCUCAUGGUUUCUUUAGCAAAAAUGGCAUGAUUUUAAAUAUAAUUGGUUUGUCCUAUGGUUGUGGUAUUUUGUCCACGAUAUCUUUGUUUCCCAUAUGGCGCAAACGAUUUUCCCAAGAUACGCCAGAGGGUUUAUAUUCCGGAGCCACGUUAUUAAUUGCCUAUAACUCGGUUUCCAUACCAUUUUCCUUAAUUUCCGCUGUUAUGGCUAGUUGUGUUAUUUACCCUCUCUUAUUGGAUCCUAAAUUCCCCAAUGGCACCAUUUUUGCUUACCUGUUGGUGGCUUUGUGGUCCAGCUAUGUUUUGGCCGAACAAUUGAGUAUUUCAUUUUUGCUAUUGGUCAAAGUUCCCUUCAAUGCAGCUAUUGCUGUGUCUUAUAUUUUGGUUAUAUCGAUUGCUUUGGCCAGUGGCACAGUGCGCUCCUUCAAAGGUCUACAACCGUGGCUGCAAGACAACACUAAGGGUACCCAUACUCGCUAUGCUUCAUCGCUAUUGCACAGCAUUGCUUUCCAAACACGUACAAUGAAUUGUACACCCACGGCAUCGGUGAUAUGCCCUAAACCCGCUGAUUUCCUGCAUGAACGUUUGGGUUUGGCCGAUCCAGAUGAAACCAUUGAUGUAGUGGCCUCCUGUGCAUUUGCUGUGGGCUUGGCAGCAUUUAAUAUGCUGCUGUACAUGUUUCCCAUGCCCAGAUGUGUGCGGCAAAAGUUUAAAGACUGAGUUUGAAAAUGCAAUUUAAAAAGAAAUUGACUUAUUUUAUUUGUGUAAGAUAAAAAUAAUGGAUUUUAUAAAUAAAACUGAAAUUAUUUUAGAAUUAAA